CACAGCUAGCAGAGCCGCGGUCCGGACGGCAGCGCGUGCCCCAAGCUCUCCGCCUCCCCCCGCCCGCCAGCCCGAGGCAGCCCGAGCCCAGUCCGCGGCCCCAGCAGCAGCGCCGAGAGCAGCCCUAGUAGCAGCGCCAUGGCCGGGUGGAACGCCUAUAUCGACAACCUCAUGGCGGACGGGACCUGUCAGGACGCGGCCAUCGUGGGCUAUAAGGACUCGCCCUCUGUCUGGGCCUCCGUGCCCGGGAAAACCUUCGGCAACAUCACGCCAGCUGAGGUUGGUGUCUUGGUUGGCAAAGACCGGUCAAGUUUUUUCGUGAAUGGGCUGACACUUGGGGGCCAGAAAUGUUCUGUGAUCCGGGACUCACUGCUGCAGGAUGGGGAAUUUACCAUGGAUCUUCGCACCAAGAGCACUGGUGGAGCCCCCACCUUCAACAUCACUGUCACCAUGACUGCCAAGACGCUAGUCCUGCUGAUGGGUAAAGAAGGUGUCCACGGUGGUAUGAUCAACAAGAAAUGUUAUGAAAUGGCCUCUCACCUGCGGCGUUCCCAGUACUGACCUCGUCUGUCCCUUCCCCUCCACCACUCCCCGCUGCUUUGCACCCCUCCUUCCCAUACACACGCCCACCCACCAUUUUUAUUUUGGGGCCAUUGCCCCACACCCCUCAUUGCUGCCAAAACCACAAAGGUUGGGGGCUAGGACUAUUUGGUCAAGCCUCCCCCUACCCAUUCCCUACCUAUGUGUGGCUGGAAAAACAAUUUUUUUUUUGGUUUUCUUUUGUUUUGUUUUGUUUUGUUUUUUUCUGAAUAAAAAAAGAGUCUA